GCAGGGAAGGGCUAUUCACUGACUGCGACCUUGGCCCUGUUUUCGUAUGAACAUCAAAAAUGCUUUCCGGGUAGCUCAUAAAGUUACGUUCAACUUCACAGAAAGCUCUCAAUAGCGAGUGGAUCGACCUGGAUGGCUCGGCAGACAUGUGGAGCUGUGCCACCCUGCUCCUUCUGUCUUUCGUGCCCUUGGCACUGAGUUUGAACACGGCAGCUAAAGCCAACGUGACGAAGGGAAGACUGGUCUACAACUUUGCUAGAAACUUUCUGGGUUUGGACAAGUGCAAUGCCUGCGUAGGAACAUCUCUCUGCAGGAAGUUCUUCAGGGAGGAGAUUAGAUUCGAGAAAUGGUUGUCCUCAGAUUUGAAGCUACCUCCCAGCUACAAGAAGACUUACUCUGCAAAUUACACUUAUGAUAUUGAUAGCUGGAGGCCUGUUGUCAUCUCUCGGAUACAAAGCAGAUCCUGGGAUGAAAAUUCUGACCAGAAAAUAUGCAUCUCAGCAUCGAUGGAUGUCACCUGCAGCAUUGAAAGGGUCUUGAGAAACACGGAUCGUUUCCAGAAAUGGCUGAAAUCCGAUCGCCUCACCCCUGAGUUGGUUCAAGGUCUCUCCAGCCCCCUGCUGCGAUGUCCCUCUCAGCGGCUGUUGGACCGGAUUGUGCGGCGUUACGCUGAAGUCCGGGACUCUGGCAGUGUACUGAUGCGGGGCUUCACUGACCGCAAUAGACUACGACUGCUCUACACGCUGUCUGUCAGCACACACCCCAUCAUGCUGCAGCUUUUUCCAGGGACAGAAGGAUGGCCCUUCCCACGAUAUUUUGGAUCCUGUGGUCGUGUGUUUGUGACAGCAUGGACAACAUCCAUACGAGAAUUUUAUAAUGCACCUCCUGAUGUUACUGCUGACAUCGCCUACCAGCUCCUGCGUAUCACCCAUUCCCUGGGAUAUAAUGAUCUCAACUAUUUCCUUUACUACACCAGUGUUCACAGUAACAUGUUCGGCACAUUCGAAGAUGGGCGCCUCUACAUUACAGACACCAGCAAAAUAGGCAUCAUCGACAAGCAGGAAGAGAAGGAAUACAUUCAUGAAGUACCCCAAGAAAAAGACAUUUUCUCCUGUCUGACUUCAGACUGCGAAACAGACCUUACUCCUUGUGGGACGGUCAGUGAGGCACAGAGCCUUGUCAUGGUGUGCAGGGACAUCCUGCCUCCCUUAUUAGCAGGUAAAUUCAGCGACUCUCCAUCUCUCCAGAAAAGAGUAGACCGAUCUCUGAGCCUCUGCAGUGACAAGACAUUCCCUGCCAAGGUUACCAUCGAAGCAUCCAAUCAACUUAUGGAAUUGUUAAAAUCCUUGCGAACUUGUGAUCCCCGCUUUGCCUAUAGAUACCCCGAAUGUAAAUACGUGGAAGGCUACUGAUGUCCAGUUCACUCUCAACUGUGCUUUAUUGCCUGCAGGAGGAGCUCCUGAAUCUACAAAGGACUACGCUUGUUUGAAUUGAACAAUAACAAAUUAUAUUUGUAUAGCGCCUUUCAUGUUGGGAGGACGUCCCAAGUCGCUGGACAGUCAAAGAUUUGGAGCCAAGCUGGGGCUUGGGAUCAGGAGGGGUGGAGGGUAGGGGUAGGAGAUUAAAUGACAUUUGAUUGAAGGGAUUGACUGACAUUUGUAUAACCUGCCUUGGCUCUUACCGCAUUCGCCUGAGAUUAUUCAUAGUGAACAGUUUACCAGAGAGGCAUGGCACAAACAUAAUGUUUUUAUGUAUUAUGCACAACUUGAUUUUUUAAAUUCCUGUCAAUCCAUCUUUGUGUGUAUGAGACCCAAUGGAAACAUUACUUUUCAGAGAAAUAGUUAUAAAAAGAUGGCCCAACCUCCACACUGUGUUAAAUGAUAAUUUUAUAAUCUACUGCACCAACUUAUUCUUUUUCAAGAACUCAAGACUUAACUAAUUACAGUUUGGGGCCCGACAUGUCAAGUGACUGCCAGGAUGGUGGAAGCUGAACUAGAUGGACUUUGGUCUUCUUUUACCUAGAAAAUUCUUAUGUUUUAACUCCUAACCUCCCUCAGUCAUUCCUUCUUCCUACAAUUCAACAACAACAACAACAAAUUGCUUUCUGCAGCACCUUUUCUGUCGGAGUGAUGUCCCAAGGCACUGGACAGUGAAGAGUUUACACCCAAGCUGGGUG